AUGCAGCAGCAGCAGCAGCAGCAGCUGAGUGCCUCUCCUCCCGUGCAUGAGGCAGCAGCAGCAGCAGCAGGAGCGUCUUUGAUACCUUUCAAUGGCAACGGCAGCAGCAGCAACAGGAGCAGCAGCAACAGCAGCAGCAGCACAGUAGGCCCCCCGACUCCAGCAGCAGCAACAGCAGCAGCAGCAACAGCAGCAACAAUGCCAGUCCCACCGCCGCUGCCGCCUCCACCCUCGCCAGAACUAGCAGCAGCAGCAGCAGCAGCAGUGCAAAAGCAACACGCGCCGCGAAAGGCGGAGAAAAGUGCUGCAGCUGAAGCAGCAGCAAAACGAACAGAAAUGGAAACAAAAGUGUACGCGAGUCCGCGGCUUUCUGCGGUGUCUCGGGACCCCGCCGGCGACCUGCGCAUACACCUCAGCACCGGCGAACACCUCGUCCUCGAUUCAGCAGCAGUAGAGCUUCGCUCGGCUACGGGGCAGCUGCUGCAGCAAGCAGCUUUGCCGCUGCUGCCGCCUCCAGCAGCAAAUGGCUCCCUGCUGCAGCAGCAGCAGCAGCUGCUGCUGCAGCAGCAACAGCCGCAGCAGGAGCAGCACAGUCCUUCAAUGCAGCAGCGGAGACUCAUGGCUGAAAACGUCCACUACAGGCGGUUGCAGCAGCAGCAGCUGCUGCAGCAGCAGCUGCUGCAGCAGCAACUGCAGCAACAGCAACUGCAGCAGCAGCAACUGCAGCAGCAGCAACUGCAGCAACAGCAACUGCAGCAACUGCAGCAACAGCAGCUGCAGCAACAGCAGCUGCAGCAACAGCAGCUGCAGCAACAGCAAUUUGAGCCACAGCAACUGCAACAGCAAUUCCCGCUGCAGCAGCAAUUGCCGCAGCAAUUUCCGCUGCAGCAGCAGCAGCAGAUUCCGCUGCAGCAGCAGCAGCAGUUCCCGCUACAUCAGCCACAAUUCCCACUGCAGCAGCAACAGCAAUUUGCCCUGCAGCAACAACAGCAGCAGCGAUUCCCUCUGCAACCGCCGCUCCCGUUGCAGCAGCAGCAGCUGCUGCAGCAAUUGUACCUGCGUCAGCUGCAGCAGCAGCAGCAGCUGCAGCAAUACUUGCAACAGCAGCAGCUUCAGCGUCAAAUGCAGCAGCAACAGCUGCAGCAGCAACAGCUGCAGCAGCAACAACUGCAGCAGCAACAACUGCAGCAGCAACAACUGCAGCAGCAGCAGCUGCAGCAGCAGCAACUGCAGCAGCAGCAGCUGCAGCAGCAAGCUGCAGCGCAUCAGCGAGUCCUCGCUGCUGCUCCUUCGUCCCCAGCCUCUGGAGAGGCUCUCGCGUUGCUGCCUCCAGGGCCUUCAAAUGACACUGAGCAGCAGCAGCAGCAGCAGCAGCAGCAGCAGCAAAAGCAGCAGCCGCAGCAGCAGCAGCAAAAGCAGCAGCAGAGAAUGAGGCGCCUGCAUGUGCGGCGAAUGAGCAGCAAGCCAUCGGCAGCAGCUGCGCAGACUGCUGAAGCUGCUGCCAGCAUCCCAGCAGCAGCAGACACAGCAGCAGCAGACACAGCAGCAGCAGCAGCAGACACGGCAGCAGCAGCAGAAGCAGCAGCAGCAGCAGCAGCAGCAGCAGCAAACUCUAGCCCUAAAGUUGAAUGGGUUGGCCUGCAGACUGAAGGGGAGACAGAUGGAUUUUGCCUCGCCAACAGCGGAGACAGAAGUGCUGCUUCCUGCACCCAGCAGCAGCAGCAGCAGCAGCAGCAGGAGCAGCAGCAGGAGCAGCAGCAGGAGGAUGAGGAGCAGCAGCAGCAGCAGCAGGUUGGGGAGGCAGCAGACGUCGUGUUCAGCAGGUAUAAUGCAGUGUUAGCUGAAACAGCCGAGGCUCCAGAGCUGCUGCUGCAGCAGCAGCAGCAGCAGCAAGCGCUGCAGCUGUCGACCGCAGCAGCAGCAGCAGCACCAGUUUCUGCAGCAGCAGCAGCGGCGGCAGCAGCAGCAACUGCUGCUGCUGCGGACGCUGCGAGCAUCACCAGCAGCAGCGGGGCCUCUCCAUACUUCUCUGAGCUCCGCGAGGCCUCCGCAGCAGCAGCAGCAGCAGCAGCGCCCGAAGCAGCAGCAGCAGCAGCAGCAGCAGCAGCAGAGCCGAAGUCGCUGCUGCUGCUGCAGGAGGAGCAGCAGCAAACUGCCGCCGAAAGAAAGCUGCUGGCGAGCCAGGCUGUUGGUGGGGUUGCUGUUGUUGCUGACGCUUUGUCUCGAGUUGGACAGGCCAUGCGUAAGCCCUAG